CAAAAUCGAGUCAGGUUACGCACAAUUAUGGUUAUAAAGCAGUGCCAACACAUAAAUUUUCUAUUUAAAAGACUCGAACCGUACCCUUAUGGGUAAGCAAACUACACAUCACCUGGUCCUUAGUCACCAUACUAAGUUUGUUUUAGUAUAAAAGCAUAAUUUGCUGCCAUUCUAUUUGCAAUUAUACAAAAAAUGGCUUAUGCAUCAACGUUGUUUCCUUGCUUUUCCUUUCUUCUUAUAUUGGCUAUGAGAAUGUCAUAUAUCUCUGCAGAUGAAGAUAGAAAGGUCUACAUUGUGUACAUGGGGUCACUUCCUGAAGGGAAAUACUCACCAUUGGCUCACCAACUUAGUUUGCUUAAAGAAGUUAUCGGAAGCAGCAGCUCCAUAGAAAAAUUGUUGGUUCACAAUUACAAAAGGAGUUUCAACGGAUUUGCUGCUAAACUUUCUGAUCAUGAGGUGCAGAAGCUUGCAAACAAGAAGGAAGUAGUCUCAGUCUUUCCAAGCAGAACUUUCCAGGUUCAGACAACAAGGUCCUGGAGCUUCAUGGGAUUCGAUGAGAAUCUACACACAAAUCAACAUGUUGAGAGUGAUAUCAUAGUUGGUGUUUUUGACACUGGGAUCUGGCCUGAAUCAGCGAGUUUCAAUGAUGAAGGUUACAGUCCUCCUCCAAGGAAGUGGAAGGGAAGCUGUAAUGGUGGCAAAAAUUUCACCUGCAACAAUAAGAUAAUUGGAGCCCGAUAUUACGGCUGGGGAUCAUCAGAUUCUGCAAGGGAUGAAGUAGGUCAUGGAACACAUACUGCAUCCACAGCUGCAGGGAACAAAGUUAUUGAUGCUAGUCUUCUAGGCAUUGCUCAAGGUACUGCAAGAGGAGGGGUACCCUCUGCCAGAAUUGCUGCAUACAAAAUUUGCUCGGUUUCCGGAUGCGCUGGAGCAGACAUUUUAGCAGCCUUCGAUGAUGCUAUUGCUGAUGGAGUUGACGUUAUAUCCCUUUCUCUGGGAUUUCUUUCUGCUCAAAGCUAUGACGAAGAUCCCAUUGCAAUUGGAUCAUUUCAUGCCAUGGUAAAGGGGAUAUUUAUCUCCCAAUCUGCAGGCAAUAGUGGCAUGUUUGGAACAGUGUCAAGUGUAGCACCAUGGAUUCUGUCUGUUGCUGCAAGCAGUAUAGAUCGUCAGAUCAUUAAUAAAGUUGUUCUUGGAAAUGGACAAACAUAUACUGGAAAUUCAAUUAAUACAUUCUCCUUGGAAGGACCGAAUUUUCCUUUGAUUUAUGAGAGAAAUGCAUCAAAACCCUGCUCACAUUCGGAUGGCAGAUUUUGGCGGAGUGAAUGUCUAGACAGCGAUUUGGUAAAAGGGAAGAUUGUACUUUGUGAUUUUUCUUCAGGAGAGAGUGCGGCUAUGGGAGCUGGUGCUGUUGGAUCUAUCGUACGAAAUGGCGGAUAUGAAGAUGUAUCCUAUGUUGUCCCAUUUCCUUCAGUUCAUUUAAACUCCAAGAAUUUCGAUGCUGUCAAAUCCUACAUGGAGUCUUCAAGUCAGCCUGUAGCAACCAUAUUAAAAAGUGAAUCGAUCAACGAUUCUUCAGCGCCUGUGGUUGCUUCCUUCUCGUCUCUGGGACCGAAUCUGAUUACACUAGAUCUUCUGAAGCCAGACAUAAGUGCACCUGGGAUAGAUAUCUUGGCAGCAUAUCCUGAUGAUAUUUCACCCACAGAAGCCCUUCUAGACGAGCGGCGAGUACAAUUCAACAUACUAUCUGGAACGUCAAUGUCUUGUCCGCAUGCCGCCAGUAUAGCAGCUUAUGUUAAAACAUUUCACCCUGAAUGGUCUCCUUCAGCUAUCAAAUCUGCGAUUAUGACUACUGCGCUACCGAUGAAUGCUGCUGCAAGUUCAUAUGCUGAGUUUGCUUAUGGAUCUGGACACGUAAAUCCUUUAAAAGCUAUCGAUCCAGGACUUGUAUACGGAGCACAUAAAGCGGACUACAUAAAAUUUCUCUGCAGCAUCAGCUAUACUGAUGAUAUGGUAAGACGCAUCUCUGGAGAUAAUAGCACCUGUCCUCAAGUUUCUCAGGAACCGAAGGAUUUGAAUUACCCUUCUAUGACCGCUAGAGUCGAACCCGAGAAAUCUUUCACUAUCAGCUUUUACAGAACAGUUACUAACGUUGGUUUCAGUAAUUUAACAUAUGAAGCAAAGGUUUUUACGAAUUCGGGACUUGAGAUCAAGGUGGUGCCUCAAGUUCUUUCCUUUAAGUCCGUUAACGAAGAGAAGUCUUUUAAUGUCACUGUUGUUGGCCGAGGUUUGGCUGAUAGAAAGAUGUCAUCGGCAUCACUCGUGUGGUCCGACGGAACUCAUGUUGUUAGGAGUCCGAUCGUUGUUCAUGCUUAUGUUUGAUUUAAGAGUUGUUUUAGCUAAAUAAUGUUGUCUUGUACUAAUUUUAGCUUGCAAAGGUGUAAGCAAUUUGAAUGGCAAAAAGAAUAACCAAUGAUUGCUCAUCAGGAGUCCAGAAUUCAGAUAUUUCUGAUCAAAUAUGAAAUUUGAUAGUUUAACUUGAA